GCGCCCAAAGUAUCCAAAGCAUACAAUCUGACUCGUCCUUCACCACACCGCGUCCAACGCCACCUCCACCACCACAGCGACUCGAUCGCGGCGUCCGCGUCAACAGUAUCGUCAGUGAAAUUGCUUCACCUUCUGUAGCAGACACCACAAACGAGAUAGACGAGAAGAAAUCUGGGGUCAGGCUAUUACCAGCGCAUUAUCUCCUCCCACCAACACACCCCAGCCCGUACGAGGGAAGCUUGGAAAGGAGCUUAGAUGCUAUCCAAGACUGGGGACGUCUCCACAUGUCCGCCAACGGGGUUACGCAAGGCAAGUCAACGUCCCUCACCUACUACGAACUAUAUGCGAAGUGAGUACUAACCCUGGUCAUUUGAACUCUUCAGGCAUGCAAAACCUCAUCGACACGCUCCUCAAGCCAGUGGAUACGAAAACAAAUUGGUGUGUAGUAGUCUAUAGUAUCUGCGCUGGCCCACCCGAAUAUAGGCGUGACCUGAUCGAGGAGCUGCUCUUCCUACUCACGCGCACCCUUCUACCAGAGCAGAUCGUUGAGAAUAGAGGGCUGAUGGCGCGCCUUUACAAUGCGAAGAAACAGCUCGCCAUGCGCCUGGCACUGCGGUACGAUAUGUUGAGGGAAUGGAAGAUGGAAGCUGGGACGUAUCAUCGUGACCAAGCGGUCACUGUAGCAUCGGAACCACCGCCAGAGCGAGUUGAAUCGCCAGCGCUCGCGGCCGUGAGCGAGUAUGUGAAGAGAAGAUUCCCAUUCCGACGUCCCCUCCUGCCGAACAUCAUACCCACCUUGAUCGCGGCUCCAUCGGGCGGCUUCACGACACAUGGCGUACGCGAGCGAAUGAAACACCACGUCACAGACUUAGACGCCUACCUUCUAUUGGAGGACGAAGAGGUGGCCGGGUGGACGGGCUUUAGGUUACAGAAUACAGUAAUUCAAGUCCUUCUGCACUGGCAGUGGUUGAGGCAAAACAAUGCAGUGCUGGAUGAGACGGAGGUCCACGGAUGGGAAGAUUUGGAAGGGAAGGCGGAUGAGUCGGAGUGGAUUGCUGAGGAUGUGAAGAGAAAUAUUGUGGGUGGAGGAAAGAGGGAGAGGGCGGUGGUUCGAGAGGAGGAAUGAUGAGAUGAGGUUUGAAAAAUGUAGGUUGGUGCGUCUAGACCGGGAACGACUCCACAUCCGACGAAAAAAAAAACGAGGAAUUCACCCACGAUGUCGUCCACCACAACCACGGCGACCAGACCUGGACGGACGCAAAAAGUUGGACUUGCAGGGAAUCGAACCCUGGACCACUCCCAUGCUAAGGGAGUAUUAUACCACUAAACCACAGGCCCGAUUUUCUCUUGUGAAGAGGCUGC